CCGGGAUCACUUCCGUCGCUGGGGUCAGGCUCCGCCCAGCCUGCCCGGCAUCGCUCGCGCCGCUGGAGCCAAGAUGGAGGAAUACGCGCGAGAGCCCUGCCCCUGGCGAAUUGUGGACGACUGUGGAGGGGCUUUUACGAUGGGUACCAUAGGUGGUGGUAUCUUUCAAGCAAUCAAAGGUUUUCGCAAUUCUCCAAUGGGAGUAAACCACAGACUUCGAGGGAGCUUGACAGCUAUUAAAACAAGAGCUCCACAGUUGGGAGGUAGCUUUGCAGUUUGGGGAGGUCUGUUUUCCAUGAUUGACUGUAGCAUGGUUCAAGUCAGAGGAAAAGAAGAUCCAUGGAACUCCAUCACAAGUGGUGCCUUAACAGGAGCCAUUCUGGCAGCAAGAAAUGGACCAGUGGCCAUGGUUGGGUCAGCUGCAAUGGGUGGCAUUCUUUUAGCUUUAAUUGAAGGAGCUGGUAUCCUGUUGACAAGGUUUGCCUCUGCACAGUUUCCCAAUGGUCCUCAGUUUGCUGAAGACCCUUCCCAGUUGUCUUCAACCCAGUUACCAUCCUCACCUUUCGGAGACUAUCGACAAUAUCAGUAGGACUUCUUUCCCAGAAUUUCUUCAAUGGAAUGAGCUCUAGUUCAAGAUGGAUCUCAGAAAGUCAAGUUACAGUCUGUUUUUAAAACCAUAGGUGGGACAACUGCCGCCAAAUAGGCUAUGAAGAGACAUUUAGCAACUUUUUCUAUUUAACAGAACAUGGGGGGGUUAAAAGAUAAUGCAUUUAUUUAUUCACACUUGGAUUGCAUUUGUGAUCAGAAUAAAUGUCUAAUAUCAUUAAAAGAAACUAUUAUAAGUUCUUAGAAGAUGAAGGACCAAAGGGCAAAAAUAACAGUGAAACAUGACCGUUUCCUUGGGGGUGGCUUGGCCUGGUUCUGUGUGUUCUGUGAUUUAAACAAUAAAAAGCCCCUGGAACUUACCCUUUCCGUUAAGAUCGGUUGUAGAGUUGUACUUGCACACUUACAUACUUGAAAUAAUGCAUGUUUUAAGGUCAGUCCCUCAGCUCACAUGAAGUGAAUUAUGUAUGACAAUUGUGUGGCGUUGACAGGGAUCAUGUCACAGUGCAGUGCUGUAUGGGUUGAAGAGUGUGGUAAAACAUUUGUCCUUUACUUUGAAAGUAAAGUGUGCUAUAUCUUGGUUUCAGAGAUGCUGGAUGCAAAAUUCUCUUACCUUUACAGCUAUUAUAUCUUGAUUCCUGAUCAUCAGAAACCUUACUAGGAACAACUUGCUUCCAAUAUACCCAGUUCUAUGUGAAAAGCAUUCAUGAAGGGUACAGUCAGACUGGAAAAGUUUGGUGUUUAUUAUGUGCUUGAAAAUAAAACGUAUGCUGUUUUUAAUGUG